AUCUAUACUCAAUGAUUUUUUCCCCCACUGAGUUUUGAGGCAAGUUCUAUUCUAGAGAGGUUGAUAAUUUUACUGUCUCAUUUACUGCCCUUCAGAAUGAGCUCUGCAUGGGCCCCCUGGGUGACAGCUCUGCUAGUGAAUCUGAUCAGGCUAAAUUUCUCCAUGACUCAAGACAGAGACUCUCCAGAAGAUUUUGUGAUUCAGGCAAAGGCUGACUGUUAUUUCACCAAUGGGACAGAGAAGGUGAAGUUUGUGGUCAGAUUCAUCUUCAACCUGGAGGAAUACGCACGUUUUGACAGUGAUCUCGGAGUGUUUGUGGCAUUGACAGAGCUGGGGCAGCCUGAUGCUGAGCAGUGGAACAAUCGGCCUGAUAUACUGGAGAGGAGCAGAGCAUCUGUGGAUAUGCUCUGUAGACACAACUACAAUUUGGGGGCCCCCUUCACUGUGGGGAGAAAAGUGCAACCAGAGGUGACAGUGUACCCAGAGAAGACCCCAUUCCUGCAUCAGCACAACCUGCUGCUCUGCUCCGUGACAGGCUUCUAUCCAGGGGACAUAAAGAUCAGGUGGUUCUGGAAUGGACAGGAGGAGAGAGCUGGCGUUAUGUCCACUGGUCUUAUUAGGAACGGAGACUGGACCUUUCAGACCACGGUGAUGCUGGAAGUGACUCCUUCACCUGGAGAUGUUUAUAGCUGCCUUGUUGAGCACCCCAGUCUGCCCAGCCCUGUUUCUGUAGAGUGGAGAGCUCAACAUGAAUAUUCUUGGAAAAAGAUACUCAGUGGAGUUGGAGCCUUCCUACUUGGGCUAACUGUCCUUCUGGUGGGGAUCAUCAUCCACCUCAGGGCUCGCAAAGGAUCUGUGGAGACUCAGUCUGGUGAUAAGAUCUCAAGAGCUAUUCUACAGAAGCCAUACUCAGAUCCUAAUCAAAGCUUCUCUCCUGAAACCUGAAGUAGUGCUGUGGCUUAGGAAAGGACAUUGGAGAGGUCUGGGAAUGAUUUUGUUCCAUGAUCCUUGGAAUCCUGAAUGGAUUUUGGAGUUUUGUGCUGUGAGAUCAUGCAUCCCCCAACUCUGUCCUUCCUCUCAUUGUGUGCUUUAUUAGUUCCCAUUCCAAACACAUGGUUCAGAAAUUUCCAGAAGACCUAACUCUUUCCAGUCCCAAACUAUGCUUUUCUAUAGCCCAGCCCUAACCCCCACAAUUCCUAAAUCUAUCUUUCAACUGCAGUCUCCACUGUCUUCAGAAGACAGAUGCUCAGUCGCUGUUUCCAUUUACUAUUUUUUUUAAAAAACAAUUAUUGCAAAAUAAAACAGAAAUACAGAUAACCACACAAAAUAUAUGAUUUAAUGGAUUAAGGCAGAACCCCUAUAGUCACCAUUCAGGUCAAGAAACAGCACUUUUCCAGCCACUACAAAAGUUUUCAUGUGCCUCAGGACAAUCAAGUCCCUUUCUUCCCAUUUAUGAUGCCCUCUUUCUUGUAGUUAUUUAUAGCCUAUUCACCCAACUGUGAUUCUUGCACACCACACUUAGUUAUCUUUUAUGCCUAGACCUCAGGUUUCUCCUCCAUCCCAUUCUUUUCAUUAUGAUUAAUUCAUGGAAAAGCUCCAGUUAUUUGACCUGAAGUGUUUCCCACACUCUGGAUUUGGUGCAGUUUAACAUGCCCCUUUGCCCUCUGUAAUUUUUUACCAGUUAGCAUCUGGUGCAGAGGUGGAAUUAGACUCUGGUUUGAUCAUUUUGGAAAGCCUGUUGGUGGCUGUGUAAUCUUUUACCAAAAGACAUGUAAUUCUACUUGCAUAAGAAGAGUUUUAUGAUGUUAGCAACCAUUGAUACUAAUUGCCUAGUUCUGUUAAUAUAUUUGGGAUUGCAACAUGGUGAUUUUUCUAGUUUUGUAAUCCCUUCUUUGUUUAUUUACUGUAUAUUAUUUGUUAUUUUCACUGCAUUAUUUGCAUUGUGGGUGCAAAAUCUAUAGUGGGUAAUACUGUUGGUGCCUUAGCUCAAUUGAAGGACUGAUACCAAGCUCUAUAGGUAAGUCUUGUAUUCUUCACUGCCAUGCACUUUCAAACAACAAAUGCCAGUUUUGCUUAAGAAUGGUCUUGAUGAAGCAAUAAAAAUCAUUCAUUUUGCUAAAUCUUAAA